CCUUAGAGCUUAGGAGGAGGAAGAGGGUCCCCUGUCUGGCUGGCCUGCCUUCUGGGGCCUUUUAAUUUGGGGAAAGGGGUCCCCAAAAUCCACUGAAUCCACUGGGCCUGACCCUCCCAGUCUGGCAACUACCCAUUACUGCAAAAUCAGACCUGUAGUCCUCCAAAAAGCGUGUUUUCUGAACUCUGGGCAAGAUUGGCAACAGUGGGCAAGCUAUUUUACAGAACAUGAUGGAUUUGACUAGGCCAGUAUUUCCCCGUCGCUCUUUUAUUUCUGCUGUUGAGGUGACACCAAGAACUGGUCCUGUGGAUGCUAGUGACAUUAAGAAAAAUCUCUAUGGUGACUUUUCUUCUAUCUGCAAUACAAGCCAGAGAGAGAGCCUGGAAUCCAAAGAAGGUAUUCAUGUUUGCCUUCGUAUCAAACCACUUACGCAGCCAGAAAAAGACAAUGUUUCUCAGGAAUGCAUUUCAGUUCUUGAUCCAACAAGUGUUAUAUUGAAAGCUCCCCAAAGUUCUAAGGUUUUCCGGCUUAGUGAAAAAAACAUGGGGCAACUAGUACAGAAAUUUACUUUUUCACAGGUAUUUGGUCCUGAAACAACACAAGAAGAACUCUUUGAAGGUUCUGUGAAGCAGCCAGUGCUAGACUUCAUCAAGGGUCAUAGUCGCCUAGUAUUUACCUAUGGUGUCACAAACGCUGGGAAAACAUACACAUACCAAGGCACUGAAAAAGCCAGUGGCCUUCUCCCAAGGGCUCUGAAACUCUUGUUUAAACGCAUUCAAAGUAGACUGUAUCCAGAGGUGGACCUCAAACCCCAUCGAUGCCGAGAACAUCGGAAGCUGACAAAAGAGGAAGCCAAGGAAGAAGUGUCUGUCAAAAGCUCACUACUUCGUCUCAUGAAAGAGGUAGAUUACCCCUGUGACAUUGAUGAAGAUCAUAGCAGAACAGCUGAUAGUUCUAAAGACUUUCAGGAACCAGAGACAGAAGCUGUGCGAUCUAAUAUGGAGGAGGACAGAAGGGCACUAUUCUCAGUCUGGGUUUCAUUUUGUGAAAUUUACAAUGAGUCCAUUUAUGACCUAUUGCUUCCACUGUCCAGUGACAAAAGAAGAAAAGUGUUGCGCCUUGCACAAGACAUUAAAGGCUGUUCGUACGUUAAAGAUCUACAGUGGAUUCAGGUUUUGAAUUUUAAAGAAGCCUUUAAACUCAUGAAGCUUGGCCUGAAGCAUCAGAGUUUUGCUUCAACAAAGCUGAAUGCUAACUCCAGCAGAAGUCAUAGCAUAUUCACUGUGAAAAUGCUAAGAAUCGCUUCUGAAUCAACUCAGGUGAAGCAGGUCAACGAGUUAUUCCUCUGUGACCUUGCUGGCUCAGAGCGUUGUACCAGAACCCACAAUGAAGGAAAUAGAUUAAAAGAAAGUGGCAAUAUUAACAACUCAUUGCUCAUUCUAGGCAAAUGCAUCAAUGCCUUGAAGACCACCCAACAAUCAAAGCUGCAACAGCACAUCCCAUUUCGUGAAAGCAAGCUAACUCACUUCUUUCAAGGUUUCUUCAGCGGUAAAGGGAAGGUGUGCAUGAUAGUUAAUGUCAGCCAGAGUGCUGCGGCAUAUGAUGAAACACUCAAUGUGCUCAAGUUUUCAUCAAUUGCUCAAAAAGUCAUGGUAUUAGAUUCUCCCAACUCUCCUCCAAAAGAGACUUUUGACCAAAUAUCUGUCAAUGCAGAAUAUGAAGGGAACACUGAAGAGGGUGUAUGUUUACCCAAGAAAAGAGCCACUAUGCUUUGGGAAAGGAAUCUGGAAGAUGUGAUGGAAGAUGAAGAAGAGCUGGUAGAAGACAGCAGUGGGCUACACGAUGAAAACAGCAUAGAAGAAAGCAUACUGGUAAAGGAAAAUGAGUAUGAGGGGGGAGAGGAGACACCAAGCCAGACAGAAGAUGAGAGUGAUAUCAUCAUUGGAAAAGAGGAAUAUCAGAGGCUGCUCCAUAUAAUAGAGGAACUGAAAAACAAGUUGAUUGAUGAAAGAAAAGAUAAGCUACUUCUGGAGCUAAAAAUUCGUGAAGAAGUUACACGGGAAUUUGCUCGGUAUUAUAAUGAAAAAGAGAAUACUCUCAAGAUGUUUUUUAGUCAUAGGGAGGACAUGAUGGAGGAGAACUGUGAGAAACGUGUGGAGAUUUACAAGGAACUGGUUAAAGAAUGCACACAGCAAGCAAAUGGAGAAAUAGCAGAAAAAGAUGCGCAAGACAGAACACAGGGAUAUGAAGCUGAAGAUGCUUCUAAUCUUUCUUGCAUGGUGGAAUCAAUGCAACAGAAUGUCUCUGAUAUUAAGCAGCAGGCAGCCAUGGCAUACAGAGCAAUUGAUGCCUUGGAAGAACCCCAGACAACUAUUGAGCGGCUUGAAAAACAAUUAGCCGAAGUUACAGCUGAACUAUCUCAAAUUCGAGAGGAGCUUUUGUGCCGGAAUCAAGCAGAGGCAAUGAAAGAAGAUAAACUGAGUGAAUCUGCUAAAGUUCUUCAAGAUGCUGUUGAGAAAAUGGCUCUGCAGAACAAACGCAUACAAGAGCUAAGUCAAGUUGUGGAGCAAAAGGAUGAUGAAAUUAGGAGGCUGCAAGUUCUGAUAAAUGAAAUGGAGGCUGUCAUAAAAGUGUCUGAGAACACAAUCAUUGCUAUUAAACAUGAAAUGGGACAUGAGGAUCCUAACAAACUAAGUUGUACCCACUCUGGUGAGUCCUUGGAGAAAUCUGUAGGUAUUGGAAGAAAACGGUGUAUAGAAAGCCAGGAAGAAGAGGAUGGCCCACCUGCAAAGCAAGGGUCCACUAACAGCAGUGCUACAGAUACCAUAGAGACAAAGGAACCUGAAGAAAUGCGACCCCACACUCUAAAAGAAAAAGGAGAAGUGGUAGCAUUGGAAGAAAAAAAUAAACUGCUAGAGAUUCAGUUGGUCACACUUAGAGCCAAGUUAGAAAAAGAGAAAGAUGAGAAUGAGGGGUUUUCUAGAAAAAUAGCUAGCUUGUCUCAGGAGCUUUUUACUUCAGAAGAAAAAGCUUCUGACUUGAGUAGGGAACUCCAGCAGCAACGAGUUAAUAUUGAGAAAAUAACAUCUGAACUGGUUGCACUGAAAGAUACAAAUAAGAACCAAGGAGAGCAAAUUCAGAAACUACUUGGAGAAAUAGAAGUGGCUAGUCAAACUAUUGCAGAACAAAAAAUAAAUACAAAAGCAGUUGAGGUAAAAAUAGGUGAGCUGAGCAGGUUAGGUUCACAGGGCCUUACCACAAGUAUUGAUUUGGCAAGUCCAAAGAGGGUAGAAGAGCUUCCAAAAGAAGGAGAGAAGGAAUCUCAUGUUAACUGUGGUCAAAGAAGCUCAUUUCACUGUAGCAUUGAAAGUAUCUGGGAAGUGAGCAAGCAGAUCAUUCAUGCUUCUUCUCAAAAAAGCAGUCAGAUUGAAAACCUCCUCCAACAGGUGGAACAAUUGCAGAGGAGGGCUCAGGAUGCUGAAGAUGAGAUGUGUAAGUUGAAGGUAGAGAUGACUGAGACAACCAAUCAGUUGCAUACAUCUUUGCAGGAAAAAGAGUGCCUGAUUAAUCAGUUAAAGGACCUUCAAGAAGAAAAUGCUCUUUAUGCUGAAAAAUAUAGAGAGGAGCAGAAAAAAGCACAUGACUAUCUUGAGCAACUUGAAAAUAAAGAUGAGCUCAUGGAAGAGGAUAGGGCAGCAAAGGAGGCCAAGAUAACCUGUUUAGAGCAAACACUGAGAGAUAAGGACUCAGCCAUUUUAGCUAUGGAAAUAGAGGUAAAAGACCUGCAAGAGAGACUUAAUGUUUCAGAAUCUAAAAUCAGGAGGUUAGAUGAUCAGGAAUCACAACUGAAGGCAGAAGUUGUCGAACUGAGGAAGAAAUUGAGGACCACUGAACUACAAGAAAAAGAUAAGGAAGAAGCAAAGCAAAUGACAGAACAACUGAAUAGCAAGCUCUCGGAGAGCAUUGCUCUUUCCUCCAAUCUGCGAAUGGAAAUUCAGCGGAAAGAUGAAGAGUACGCAGACCUCAAAGAAAAGUUGGCUGAUGCCAAAAAACAAAUCGAACAAGUCCAGAGAGAGGUGUGCAGCAUGCGUUCUGAAGACAAAUCACUGCGGAGUAAAGUCAGUGAACUUGAAAAGGCUAAAAACCAGCUCACUGAAGAGCUAGAAGUCAAGCAAAGAACAAUUCAGCAAUUUAACCAGGAAGAACUGAAUAAGAAACUGGAGGAUAUUCGACAUCAGUACCGGAAAGCGUGUGAGGAUAUAUCUCAUAAAGAUAAAAUCAUCAAAGAUAUGAAACUGACUUUGGAAGAGCAAGAGCAGACUCAAUCUGAACAAGAGGAAGUACUUGAGGCUCGGUUAGAAGAGAAUGAAAGAUGUGCUUCAGAACUGGAAGAAUGGAAAAAGAAGUACCAUGAGCUAGAGAAGCGGAACAGUAGUUUGAGGCAACAGAAUGGUAAAGCAGAAUGUGAAAAAAGCACGACAUUGCUUAAUGAGGAACUAGCAAGACUGCAGGAGAAGCUGAAGGAAUGUGAAGAACAACACAAAAUAGAUCGUAAAAAGUGGCUGACAGAAAAAAUGCUCCUCAUAAGCCAGGCAAAAGAAGCAGAGACUCACCGUAACAGAGAGAUGAAAAAGUUUGCUGAAAACAGAGAACAUCACACAAAACAACUAAUAGAAGCAGGUUUUGAAACAACUACUGAAGCGCUUACUGAUGAUGGUACCAAGGAAUUAAAAAGGACUUGUGAGAACUUUACGAAUACAUUAUCAUCCACUCGAAAAGGAGUAGAAAAAAAUAAAGUGGAAAAUAUCUCUAGUUGUAAACAGCAGCUUGAAGUAAACCAAAGUGAUUUGCCAAAUUGCAGCAGUACAGAAGAAAUGGGCCAACUAAUACAGAAUUCUAGCAGGGGGUCUUCACCAGAAAACAUUCAGGACCAGUCAGAUUCCAUCCUAGAUUCUUGUGAAGUCUCUUCAGAAAAUGACCAAACUAGCCGUUUUCCAAAACCUGAAAUGGAGAUUCAGUUUACACCUCUGCAGCCCAAUAAGAUGGAAGUGAAGCAUCAAGGCAGUCCUUCAUCUGUGACUAUAAAAGUGCCUAAGGCAAAGAAAAGGAAAAGCAGUGCGUUGGAUGAGAGGAACAAACUGCCAAGUUGCUGGAAAAGCAAAAUUAGAAAUAAGUACACUUCUGGUGAUGUCAGUCAGGAUUUCUUGAAGAAUGAAAAUGAGAAGAAUGCUGCAUCACCAGCUGACGUGAUUAUAAGUUCAGAUUCAUUACGUAAACAGAAUGACAAGUCUGCUACAGACCACUGUGUCAGAAAAGAGUAUCCUUUAAGAAGUAAACAUUUUGCAUCAAAAAUAACAUCACCUGGGGAUACAGGUGGGACAUUACAGAAAUUUGGCUCAUUCUUGCAGAGUUCUCCAACAAUCAUACAAUCCAAAGCAAAGAAGUUCAUGGCAACGAUAAAAUCAACUAAACCUACUGAGGAGGUAUCUCUUAAAGAAGUCAAACCAAAAAGAGCUAAGCGCAAGCUGUACUCGACUGACAUUUCUUCACCUAUGGACUUCUCAGGUCAUGUGAUUGUUAUGGAUCAAAAGGAGAGUGAUCAUGAAAUCAUCAAGCGACGGCUCAGAACAAAAAAGACACAUUAAAAGGGGGUUUGGUUGUUGUUUUUUGUUUUUCUCUCUCUCUGCAGAAUCAUGUAUAUUUUUAUUUUCAGCAGUUGAAUUUCAGAGUGUAGUGCUUCUGAAAUGAAAACUUGGGUGUACAUUGGAAACCGUGUAUUGUUUUUACUGUUUAUAUGGGCAUUGUAAACAUUGUACUCCCUCUUGUCAUGAUUUCAUAAAAUCCUGUAUAGAC